AUGCGAAAGCAAUGGUGGGACUCAGCCUACGGCACACACCCGCACUACACGCAUUUCACGAACAAUGCUGUAUGGCUGUCAAAGCAAGCUAGGAAAUAUGCUCAGAACACUGGAGCCCCGGACGUCGCCAUCUUCGAUUGGGACAAAAUGUUUAUAUUCAACUUCUAUGGUAUGGCUGAGCAUCUCCAGAAUCCUGUACUCGCAAAAGGCAUCUGGCCGUCAUUCAAAUUUCAGCGCCUUGAACAAACCGGAAGUGCAGCGGAUUAUGCAUCGGAAUUUCUCUGGCUCUCGAGCAAGAUUUCACGUGAGACGCAUCUCUUCUUUGUGGCAAGGAAGAGGGUUGGGAGAGCCAAGGGAGUAGAUGAAUAUACACGGUUCAAUGACGGUACAUUGGCCUCUACCAUUGCUUUGGACGAUUCCUGGACGUGCUGCUGCCCCCCUGGCCAUCCAUAUCUCCUUUCAAGACCUCCGCUAAUACCUGUAGCUGUAGACGCUGUUGAUAUUCUCGCUUAG